CUCAAGCAAAGUAGACUUGUUCAUUUUUAGGCACAAAUGAACAACAUGGUGCAUAUACACCUGUUAAAGACAGCCUCUUUCAUAUUGUUUUGUUCGACCAACAUCCAUUCGCAGCCAUUAUAUGAAAAUGAUAUUCAAUCCUUCCAUACCCUCGAUGGAGAAAGGAAAGAAAGCCCAGUUCAAUCUUUACUGAAUGCAACACAGGCCAAUUUGAAAACAAAAGUGCUUACUUUGGAAGAAUGCAAUGGCAGAUACACUUCUAUUGUAGAUGCAUACAAGCAUUUGCUGGAAAUGACCAGGAAAGGACUGGUUCCAAAUGACAAAACUAUUGAUGAAAUAUGCAGCCGACAGCCAGGUUUGAUAAUGAAAAGUGCCAACGAUUGUCACAGAUAUUACAACUGCUCUGGGGAAGAUUUUGAGCUAAGCAAUUGGGUAGAAAUGUACAAGUUUUGGCCAUCAAAGUACAAGCACGAAUGUCAUUAUCCAUUAAUGUACUCUGAAGAAACGAUGCGAUGUGAAAGCUACUCUGAAGUGGAAUGUGGAACAAGAUAUAAGCCAAUUUGGGAAUGUCGAUAUUUUCGAUUGACAUGCAAACUUGGAAAAUGCAAACCAUGUGAACAGGAAUAUCCAUCAUGUGAAAACACAGCAGAUGGUUUAUGGCCCUGGCCUGAAUAUUCACACCGGCCUACUUAUUACAUGCAGUGUAAAAAUGGUCGACGAAUAAAAAGAGGCGAUUGUCCCUACGACCCAGUAUGGGGAGUUGCGUCUUUUCCUUACAAAGGACAAUGUGUCCAUCUUUUUGCAGUUCCAAAAGACUACAAUCCACAUGGAGAACUUCCAUCAUGUCUCGGAAAAGUAGACGGCAACUAUCAGUAUCUCGUAGGCUACUGUCCUGGUUACUACAAAUGUGAAAGCGGCGUGGCUUCUGCUGUAAAAUGUCCUUAUAAUACGCUCUUUGAUACUGCCAGCAGAACUUGUAAGAUAGGAGGAAAGUGUAUAUAUUGACCACAUGUGUAGUCGUUAAAAGCCGUUAAAAGGCGUAUAUAUCUUUAAAAGAGAAUACUUUUUUCUUAUUUGUAUUUCUCAAUUUUUCCCUUUCUUCUGAUUUACUGAUUUUAUGACAAUUAACUGCGCUUUUACGGAAAGUAAUAUGCUAUUUGUAUUUAAUGAUACAUGGAAUCUAUGAUGUGUACAUAUACCAAGGUGCUCUUAUUUAUUAGCCUAUUUCAAAACAAUCAAAAAUCAAAUCAUAUUUGUAAGGGUUCUACAACAGAUGGAUACAAGCUGUUGUGAAAUGCCCAUUAAGGUAAUGGUCCACACCCCACUAUAUAAUUAAAAUGCGAACAGAAUUUUUUCAUAUUUUUCAAACGUGUAUCUGAGGAAAUGUUCUUAUCAAAUUUUACCCUGUUUGCUGGUCCAUCGGUAUUAUAAAAGCUAGGACCGUUGCUAAAAUUAGAACCGAUUGCGGAAAAUGGCGCUUUUCUCAUACAUAAAGAAUAUAAGCCUAAGCCUGUAUUUUGAUUUCACAAAAUCAUUUUUUGACUUAUAUCCUAUGUAAAAUAUAGGAAUUAUUAUUUCUAAACAAAAUUUUUGAUGUUACACUUGCUUGUUUAUCAAAAAAUAGAUAAAUCUGCAUACAAAUUAGAUAAAAUGAAUAAAUUUUCAAAGAAAAUUUAAGCUCUUAUAAUUUUAUUUACGUACAGAAUUCUCUAAAAUUUUGAUAUUAUUUAGACCUUAACGCCCUUAAUCAACUGGAAAUAAAAUUACUUAACGGACCGGCCUUUUCAGGAUCACAAUGGGCAUAUUUUUGGUAAAAUCAUUAAAAUAUAUAUUUUGAAAAAAGAUCCGUAAAAAUAAAACUGUGCAUAGGUUUAUUAUUUCAUAACUCUAAAAAAUAUGUUUUGAUUAUAAUUAAAUAGAAAAGAUGAUUUAAACAAACUGUUGAUUAAUCUGUAUUUAUUUAAAUCGCAAAAGAUGGUUUCUUUGGAUAUCGGUAAGUAUUAUGGAUCGAGAUCGGUAUUUAGAAAUUGCAGUCACAUGCGUGGAUAAUGCUAACUACCUGAUAUAUGCCUUCAAGACAAAACCUCUAUUCAAACCUUUUUUUACUGGUUUUAAAGACUGCUCUUAUAAUGAAAUAACUUCUUUUCAGCGCAUGAUUUUAAUUCUAAACCAAUUUCUUUUGUGAAAAAUAAAUCUAUGCUCGUUGCUAAGCGAAUAGGAUAAAAAUGAUAUAUGUCAAAUUAUUUCCCCUUGUGUUUUUAUCUCCCUUAUGCACUGGGAUAUAUAUCUCGGUCAGGAUUUCAUUUUGGAUGAAUGUUCAAAGAAUUGGAUUAAACUCAACCUUAUAAUGGAUUGAUGUUUAUGCAGGACAAAAGUAAGCGGUCUAACGUUAUAUUUUCAAAACGAGUACGCAAUCGACACAACCCAGUCAUUUUAUUUCGCUGAUUAAUACCCUGGUAGGCCUAAUUGAUUGCAGUUGUCAGUAUUUUUGAUACAUUUGUUUUGAAUCAAUUUCUAUGUCAGCUUGAAUUCUUUGUUUUGAAAUACACCUUUUAACGUUACAUGUAGGUCUCAAUUAGAUCGGGCACGGAUAAGACGUAAUAACGCGUGAAUUACGUCAGACGUUGUUUUGUGACGUAUGGACCAUUAUCUUAAGGUCAAGAUCUAGUAAAUGAUUCCAGAGUGUCUUUUUGGAGCUAAAACCAUUAUGACGUCAUUAUUGAUUUGAUGAAUCGUUUCCCGUUCUUUACGGCUUUAAGG